CUGUUCAAACCUGCAUUUACUGUUUGGCAUUUCACAUUCACAGUUUGAUUCUCUAAGGAGAGUCAGUGUUUACCGCUUGUGAUAGUAUUUUUUAGAGCUAAAUCAAUUUGUUCCUGUAUCUUUAACAAAAUCUACUGGAAAGAACCCUCCGCCUCGCUCCGUUUUUGAUUGGCGUUUGACAAAUUCUUUCUUCUGGUUUAAGUGCGCUCGGUUUAGUUUGCGUGGUGAACGGAGUAUAAACUUUAAAUCCGCGAACCUUGGCGGAUUUUUAGACUACAAAAAUCCAACCCGCGUAUUUCUCCAUACGAUUUCCCGUCCUCUCCUUCCCUAGAAAAGGGAAGUUAGUUAUCAGGUCAUGCGAUAGCAAUCACAGUUCUCCAUGGUGAAUUGACUUGUAAAACAACGUUUUGCCCACCAAACCGAUGAUAUGGGUAUAAUGCACAUUUUCUUUUGGGUGCUGUUUCUCUGUGAGAAUGUGGUCAGUAUUCUUGGAAGUGAGCAGGAAAAGGCGUCCCUCCCUACACUGGCCCAGGUGCCCUUUCUCACUGUGUGGAAUGCCCCCACUGGCCAGUGUAAGACCCGCUAUGGGGUGGACCUGGACCUUGGAGUAUUCAACAUAGUCAGCAAUCAGAACCAGAGCUUCAUGGGUGACAACAUCACCAUCUUCUACAAGGCUAAACUGGGGCUGUACCCAGAAUAUGUCCAGAGACAGGCUGUCAACGGCGGGGUGCCGCAGAACGCCAGUCUGCCGGAGCACCUCAGGACAGCCACUGAGAACAUCCAGACCUACAUCCCCGACAGAGACUUCCAAGGUCUGGCUGUGGUGGACUGGGAGAGCUGGAGGCCAGUGUGGGAGCGCAACUGGGAGAACAUGAAUGUUUACUGGGAGGGCUCCAGGGCUUUAGUGAAGGCCAAGCACCCAGACUGGAGCCCUGCUCAGGUGGAGGUGGUGGCCCGCCAAGAGUUCCAGGUGGCGGCUCGGGACUUCAUGGAGGGCACCCUGCGGCUAGGGGGCUCCCAGAGGCCCAGAGGGAUGUGGGGCUUUUAUGGUUUCCCUUGCUGCUAUAACUACUACAAAAACACGACAGGUAACUAUACCGGCGAGUGUCCCCAGAUCGAGUCCAAGAGAAACGACGCUCUGUUCUGGCUUUGGAAUGCCUCCUCGGCCCUCUACCCUGACAUCUACCUAGACGUGGCGAUGCGUGGCCUCGGCGAUGUCGUCCGCCGCUACACAAACCACCGUGUUAUGGAGGCCAUGAGGGUGGGGGCCCAGGUGACCCCCAACCCCCCCCCUAUUUAUCCCUACGCUCGCAUCGUUUACACCUACUCCCUGGAGUUCCUGUCUGAGAUGACCCUGGUCUACUCUAUCGGAGAGAGCGCUGCGCUGGGAUCUGCAGGGAUUGUACUGUGGGGAGACAACGCAUACUCCAAAUCGAAGAUUAACUGCGAGGCAGUCAAAAACUACCUGGAUGGAACCUUGGGCCCUUACCUGGUUAAUGUGACCACAGCAGCGACUCUGUGCAGCCGGACUGUGUGCUCCUCUCACGGCCGGUGUCAGAGGAGAGACAGAAGCUCCACGACCUACCUCCAUCUGGACCCGAGGGCCUGGACCAUUGUGUCUGACAAGAGGGCAGAGGGAGGGCAGAGCUACAGGGUGCUGGGAAAACUGAACCAAUAUGAGGCUGUGGCCAUGCGGACCCACUUCCAGUGCCUGUGUUAUCCUGGUUGGGGAGGCGAGAACUGCUCCAAGCGUCUGUCGUAGUGAGACACAGAAUCUCCAUGGUUACACUACAACGUAAACAUGGUCUUACCUUAGAAAGAAUUGGACCAGAGUAUUGCUUAUAGUGCCUUACGCAAGGUUUUUGAGAGAAACAUUUUAUUUCUUUAUUAAUAAUUUUUCUUUGACAAUGAUUAUUUGAAGUUAGUUAGAAUUGUCUCAUUUCGGGGGUUUGGUCAAGCUUUUCCUGAUCUUUACCAAGGGUGCUAAUACUUGUGGAGGGCACUAUAUAUCCAAACCUGAGACAAUGUAUAUCAUGGAUAUAAGUAGUGUUGUUGCAUUACCAAGCUUCAUUCUGACUGGCCCAUGCUUCCUCCUGUCUGCCUGUGACCAGCUCAUUUGUACAUUUAUGCAUCAUGUCUGUUUGGGAAAUAGUUCCUAGACAUUCUACAAAGCUGUAAAUCUAAUAUCAUUAAAUGACAAUACAUUGCAGGAUUA